AUGGACUCGGACGACGACUCUUUAACUCUUUCAUCUCAUGCUUUAUCUGCUCUAGCUGAGUUCAGGAGAGAAGAGAAAGAAAAAGUCGAGCAGCUCGAAAAGUUAUAUAAAGAAGCUGAUGAAAACUUUAAAAGUACUAAGAAAAAGAUUUCAAUAGAUGCAUUCCAGGAAGAUUGGCAACUUUCUCAGUUUUGGUAUAGCGAUGAAACCGCAGCUAAACUUGGAAGAGCCCUCUUGGAAGGUGCUGACGAAGAUACUGUGAUAGUGGUUGCAAGUGCACCCUCAGUAUAUGCAGCCAUCAAAAACUUUUCUGAAAGUACAAUACCCACUAAACAUAUAUAUUUGUUAGAAUACGACAAGAGAUUUGAAAUUCUAGCAGGAUCUUCUCAUUUCAGGUUUUAUGACUAUACUAAGCCGAAAGACAUCCCAAAUGAGCUUCGCCAUAAAUGCCAUAGACUUCUCAUAGACCCCCCUUUCCUAGAGGAGACUUGUCAACGCAAUUCGGCAAUUGCUGCUAGGGAGCUACUCACUAUUGAAAAAACGAGCGUAACAGCAAAAGGCGACAGAAAAUACAAGCUUAUUUCUUCCACUGGUGAGAGAAUGAAGAAUUUGAUCGAGAAAGAGUACCCUGAAACUAGAAUGACAGAUUUCAUUCCUGAGCAUAAAAAUGGAUUAAGUAAUGAGUUCAGGUGCUACGCUAGCUUUGAAUGUAGCGAAUGGAAGUUCUCCAAGUAA